AUGGACUCGGACAUUCCCCCACCCCCAGCCCAUCGCUAUGCUUACGAAGCCCGCGAGAACAACACCGUCACCCCAGGCGUCGACAACCUCGGUCCCAGCUCACCGGGUGGUGGAAUUAGCGGAAUCGCCCUAGGAAUUGCCAACACACACAGCCGCCAAAGCGGCAUCGAGGCAUCUCGGGGCGUACCAACCGACAGCUACUCCGGCCCAGCAGAGCGGGACUUCCAUACCACCGGUUCUGACUCUCUCUACGUACCACCCGCAGCAUACACCAGCGCCGAGUCUUUCCGUCCGGAACACAGCCACGCCUGGAAUAUGGCGCGAGGCGGGGCGGCCUCGCCGGCGCUACAGUCUCCCGGACACUCCUCGUUGCAACUCAGCGAUCCCAGUCACAGUCCUUACCAGUACCCCACGCCGUAUGCUGGUAUCGCGGACGGGCCGUACCAGCGUCACUCGACUGCGUACAGCAAUGGCGAGAUGUCGAAUAUCAAUCCCGAUGACAUCGCCGAUGAUGGGGAUGAAGACUUUGUCCCUGCGCGGAACCGUGCUGCGCCUGCGGCGGCCGGGGCGGCUGGAGGUGGACUUUUGGGGGCUUCUUUGGGAGGGAGAAGAAUGCCGAUGUGGCAGAGUGGCGAAGAGGGGUCUAAGAGGUCGACGGGUAAUGGCGCGCAGGGGCGGAAGAAGAUGGGCUGGAUUGUUGGGAUCGUUCUGGGCUUUAUCAUCCUCGGGGCUAUUAUCGGUGGUGCGGUCGGUGGUACCAUUGGCAGUCGGCACAAGGAGGAUAAUUCGAAGGGUUUGAAUGACGGCACCGCCUCGGGCGAUACGAAGAAGAAUGGGGAUCUGGACAAGGAUUCGGCGGAGAUUAAGGAGUUGAUGAACAACAAGGAUCUCCACAAGGUCUUCCCCGGGAUGGACUAUACCCCGUGGGGCGUGCAGUACCCAAAUUGUCUGAAAUGGCCUCCGUCCCAGAACAAUGUCACCCGUGACAUGGCUGUUUUGUCGCAGCUCACUAACACGGUGCGUCUGUACGGGACGGACUGCAACCAGACGGAGAUGGUCCUGCAUGCGAUUGAUCGUCUGGAGCUCAAGGAUAUGAAACUUUGGCUUGGUGUGUGGAUCGAUCAGAAUACCACCUCAGUUGAUCGACAGUUGAAGCAACUUUAUAAGAUUCUCGACGAUACCAAGGACACCUCUAUUUACAAGGGUAUCAUCGUCGGCAACGAAGCACUCUACCGCGCUGGGGAUAGCAAGCAGACUGCCCAGACGACCUUGAUCUCGUACAUCAAAGAUGUUACCAAAGAGGUCAAGAAGCGCAAUUUGGAUCUCCCCAUUGCCACGUCCGACCUCGGUGAUAAUUGGAAUGCGGAGUUGGUGGAUGUCGUGGAUGUCGUCAUGUCCAACGUCCACCCCUUCUUCGCCGGUGUCAAUGUCGACAUCGCUGCUUCAUGGACAUGGGACUUCUGGCAGAACCACGACACUCCCCUGACGAAGGGUACAAACAAGAAGCAGAUCAUCUCCGAGGUUGGAUGGCCUAGCGGUGGUGGCAAGGACUGCGGUGAUAGCAAAGUCUGUGAUGACGACACGCCCGGUGCCAUUGCCAGCAUCGAGAACAUGAAUACUUUCAUGUCUGACUGGAUUUGCCAGGCAUUGGAUAAUGGAACUGAUUAUUUCUGGUUCGAGGCCUUCGAUGAACCCUGGAAAAUCGAGUUCAAUGAGCCGAAGAAAGAAUGGGAAGAUAAAUGGGGUCUAAUGGACCCAGGCCGCAAGAUCAAGAAGGGUCUCAAGAUCCCCGAUUGCGGCGGCAAGACGGCCACCUAA